UUCACCGCAAGUACCAUAACGCCGUCGCUGUUAUCACAGUUUUCUCCGUUAUGGCUGCUUUUUCCUACGAUUCCAUGCUUUUGUCUCCCACCAACAACUCAUCCAAUUCUUUCUCUCAAUUCCACGACGCCACUGAAAACGAUUCCACCGCGGUGGAUAAGCUCCGACACGGCGAACAAGUUGCACAAAACGCGAAAAGGAAGACGAGAAACGCGACAACCUUGGAUUCUUUGGACGAAGAAACAGGGAAGAAAAGGAAGCAAAACAAAUGCAAUGAGAAGAAAGACAAAGAGGCUCCGACACAGUACAUUCAUGUAAGAGCCCGAAGGGGUCAAGCAACUGACAGCCACAGUCUAGCAGAAAGGGUAAGAAGGGAGAAGAUCAGUGAGAGGAUGCAGAUAUUGCAAUGUCUUGUUCCUGGCUGUGACAAGGUGAGUGGGAAGGCCCUCAUGCUGGACGAAAUCAUCAAUUAUGUGCAGUCCCUACAAAACCAAGUUGAGCUUUUGUCGACCAAGCUUGCUUCUUUUAACCCCAUAUUUUAUGACGUUGGAGUGGAUCCGGAUGCUUUAAUGGUGAAACCAGAGAGUUGGAUUGCACCACCACCACCAUCGCAACAGCCCACCACCUUUGCUCCACCUUGUCUGGAUGCUUCAGCUGCAGGUUUGGGAGGACGAUGGACCAAUGUCUUCUUCUCUCACCCUCAGGAUAAUGGUAGUUUAUUCUGGGAUUUGGGUUCUUUCCCUUGAUAACAAGCCUCUGUUCUCCGGGAAUAAGAUACCGGUUUGUUUGUUUCAAGUAGGAGUAGAGAAAGAGAAAAUGUAGGAGGAAGAAGAUGAAUAAAAGGAGGGAAAGCAAAGCCGCAAAAAGAGCACAUCUUUUUUUGUGGAUCCUUCAACUUUAAUAGUGUUUAUUUUGACUCCCAUGCAGGA